AUGAUCUCAUCCACUACGAAUAACCACAUGCAUGGCACUGAAGAAGUAUACACCAGACCUGCAAAUUUAACGUAUCCAACAGAGUACGGAAGACCAAAGAACGACCUAAUCCUAAGAGUAAUAGAAAAUAAGGAAAAAGGAAAAGAAAUGGAAAUGAUCCCCUUCUGGUUGAUGCGUCAAGCAGGAAGGUAUUUACCUGAGUAUUUGUUAUUUAGAAAAAAAUAUGGAUUUCUCGAAAUGUGUUAUGAUCCUGAGUUAUCAUCAGAGGUUAGUAUAUUUCCUUUGAAAAGAUUUGCAUGUGAUAUGUUGGUGAUAUUCUCAGAUAUUUUAAUAAUAUUUGUAGCAAUGGGUAUCCAGAUAGAAUUUAUUGAAAAUAUUGGUCCAGUACUUAACAAAGAAAUUUUUACAUAUGAUGAGUUUACAAAAUUGAAUUUAAAUAUACCGGAAGUAAUAGAAAAUCUACAUUAUGUUUAUGACUCUAUAAAUUUAACUAAAAAGAAAAUUAAUAACUCGGUACCUAUCCUAGGAUUCGUUGGUUCUCCUUUCACUUUAUUUACAUAUUUAACAAAAAAUAAUAAAAAGACAUAUGAAGAGAGUUUAAAAUUAAUCUAUGGAAAACCUAAUGAUGCACAUAAGAUGUUACAUAUAUUGACUAAUAUAUGUGCUAAUCAUUUAAUUAAUCAAAUAGAUAGUGGAGCAGAUAUAAUUCAAAUUUUUGACAGUAACGCAGAUAUUGUUGAUAAAGAUCGUUUCAAAGAAUUUAGUUUAUAUUAUAUAAAUAAAGUCAUUCAGCUAGUUAAGAAACAUAGACCUAACACUUAUAUAAUUCUAUUUGUUAAAGAUAAUUUUCAUGAAGAUAUUAAUGAAAUUAAUAUCGACGUAUUAUCCAUUACACAUAAACAGUUGGCAAACAACCAUUCACAGUUUUACUAUAAUUUAUUUAAAAAUAAAAUUAUAAUACAAGGGGCCUUAGACCCAAACAUUCUCCUUCUUGAUGAUGAAAAACUUGUUCAAAAAUACACAGAAGCUAUGAUUGACAAGAUUAGUUACACUAAUAAAUAUAUUGCUAACCUAGGCCAUGGUGUGUUACCUAACUCUAGAAUUGAAAAUGUACAUGCGUUUAUUGAUACAGUGAAGAGGGCUGGAAAAGAGAUGCACACGGAUAAGAACAGGGUGUAA